GGAACAAGAGACUGGCCAUUGGAUGAGCGCAUCUGACAUCCCUAAAGGGACCCUGGAUGCUGCGAGACACAGACGUGCCGAGCACCAGCGCUGUUCCUCCAACAUCCGAGAGCGGAAACGCAAUCAAGUAGGUCAUUCACGCAUAGAUACGCACGCAUGCACCCCCUCCCCUCCAUCUCUCUCUCAUACACACACACUGAACAUCACUGAUGACUGAACACACACACCAGCUCCUGGCUCCUCAUGCGCCAGCGGCUUCCUUCAGGAGCACACAAAGAAAGCCGAAAACAGUCAGCCGGACUGCACAAACGGACUCUGCUUUUUCCACGAGUGCAGGAUGUAACGCAGCGUGCAGUUCAGAGCUGGAGUGCUGAGGAAACUCUUUUUUUUGUGAUAUAACAUCAUGCUUUUUUAGAUGCUCAGCAGACGAGGGAUGAAUUUCUAGCCGGGUUGAGAUCAGGACGCGGCGUUUGGAUGCAGGAACAUGAGGGAGAGAGACAGCAGGGCACCAGCAGUGCCCAAGUGGGGGUUCUCCCAGCGGGACGGGGCAGUGGGACGGGUGGCGCUCCGGUGGAGGACAUGCAGGCGCUGUCAAUCACGUCUCUCUCCGCAUCAGAGCUGGAACAGCAGUAUGAGCUGAUCAGUCCUUUAGGGAAGGGCACCUACGGCAAAGUCGAUUUGGUGGUGCAUCGGACACAGGGUACUAAACUGGCUCUGAAGUACGUGAGUAAGAACAAGACGAAGUUGCGUAGUUUUCUGCGUGAGUACAGCCUGACGGCCGCGCUGGGCUGCAGCCCGUUUAUCAUCAAAGUUCUGAACGUGCCGUUUGAGACGGAGGACAGCUAUGUGUUCGGACAGGAGUACGCGCCUGCGGGAGAUCUGUUCGACAUCAUCCCACCUCAGGCCGGUUUGCCGGAGGAGAUGGUCAAGCGCUGCGUUCAGCAGCUGGGUUUGGCUCUGGACUUCAUGCACAGCAAGAGUCUCGUCCAUCGGGACGUGAAGCCAGAAAACGUUCUGCUUUUCGACCGCGAGUGUCGACGUGUGAAAUUGGCAGAUUUAGGAAUGACACGGCGGGCAGGAAGCCGGAUCAAGCGGAUCAGCGGCACCAUCCCAUACACCGCCGCCGAGGUGUGCCAGGCCUCGGUAUCGGAGGGAAUCGUCGUGGCAACGACCCAGGACGUGUGGGCAUUCGGAGUUCUGCUGUUCUGCAUGCUGACGGGAAACUUUCCGUGGGAAGCGGCGUUGCCUAGCGACGCAUUCUUUUCGGAAUUUCAGCGAUGGCAGCGGGGGGCGUUUCCUCCCGGCGUUGUUCCCUCCCAAUGGCGGCGGUUUUCAGAUGAUGCAUUGCGAAUGUUUGGCCGGCUGUUGGCAUUGGAGCCGGAGCGGCGCUGUGGGGUUAAAGAGGUGUUCUACUUCCGAUGCUCUGCCCACAGACAUGCAGAGCCCUCUCCGCCUUCAGGCACUUCCUGUCUACGCCCCACCCCCCUCAAACGUAGCAUCCUGUCCGAACCGCAUUCUUCUAGGGAGGAGUCCUCCAAAAGCCCGUCGCCCAACCGCCAAGACAAGAGCAAAGUGAUGAUGACCACUCCUAUUGAGAUUUGUGUAUGAAGCCAAAACUGGAUAUAGCCGCAAAAAAGGUAGCAAUAUUACUUCAGAACUACUAAUGGGAAAAUGUUUGCACAGGAACGUCAGCGUAUUUCAUAAUGGAAGUUAGAAUAGUAAUAGAACUGCCGUAAAUGUAGAUCUAGCAAAACUAUUACAUGGUGACUUUGAAACCUCGCUAAUUUAGAGUAAAAGACAUAGCUUUGGUAGGUCACUUUAGC